AUGGCCUUUUACUUGGCUUGUUUUUGUUUACUCAUGCUCAAGUUCUCAAUCACCACGGCAAACUUGCCUAACAUCUCCAAUGAAGCAUGCGCCGACGGUGCUGCUACUGUUGUAUUACAAUUUGGUGUGUAUCAAGAUAGCUGCCCAGAGGCUGAGCCCAUUAUCUUCUCUUGGAUGAAAAGGGCAGUGUCCCAAGACCCUAGAAUGGCAGCUUCUCUGCUUCGACUUCAUUUCCACGAUUGCUUUGGAUGUGAUGCAUUAGUGUUGUUAGAUGACAUGGGAAAUCUGGCUGGGGAGAAAACUGCAGCACCAAACUUGAAUUCACUGAGAGGGUUUGAAGUGAUCGAUACGAUCAAGUCUGAUCUUGAGUCAGGUUGUCCUGAAACUGUCUCUUGUGCUGAUAUUCUUGCAAUUGCAGCAAGAGACUCUGUUGUUCUAGUAUGUAUGUGUUAUGUGUUAGUGAUCAGUACACUGGUUCUCUCUAACUAUUGUGAACAAGUAGUACUAGUGUGGUGGUGUACUAAUUUGCAUUCUAAUUCCUCAGUCAGGUGGCCCAGGCUGGGAAGUGGAAGUGGGAAGGAGGGACAGCUUGAAUGCAAGCAAAACAGCAGCCAACAACAACAUUUCAGGCCCCAAUUCGGACAUCCCAACACUCAUCACCAACAACUAUGCUCAGAAACAGAUAAAAACACAACGCUGGCACAUCUUGUCCUGGUGACCCCAUCAACAUUUGAUAACCAGUACUAUGUUAACCUAAUUUCUGGGGAGGGAUUACUUCCAUCUGAUCAGGCUCUUGUGAAUGGAGCAAAUACGUUGCAAAUACGCAAUGAAUUUUAUCAGGAACCAGAAGCAAUUGAAUCAAACAACUCAAAAAUAUACAUUUACAAGCAAAUAUAA